UUUUGCAUAAAAAGGCAAAUUUUUGGAAGGCAAAAUUACAGUUUCAACCAGACAAACGACAGAAGAUGGCAUUUUAUGUAUUAGUCGUACUUGCAUUAGCGGCCGGCACCUUAUCGGCUGACGAUGCGUCCAACAGGCAGAGCGCAUUACCAUCCCUGCUACCCUGUGAUCCCAAUUAUCCGUACAGAACCUUCGACGGAUCGUGCAACAAUUUGAACAACCCGCGGUAUGGACAAGCCAACACCAUCUACCAACGUUUGAUUGCCCCAGCAAACUAUGCCGAUGGUGUCUCGGCUAUCCGUUUAGCUCAAUCGGGUGCCGCUUUGCCAAGUACCCGAUUGGUUUCAACUACAGUCACCAGCAACAACAGCGUGCCUGAAAACGAUGCCACUUUCAUCACGAUGCAGUGGGGUCAAUUUAUGGACCACGACUUGACCCAAACCAGACAAUUCACAGUCGCUGGGGGAUGCUGCAUUCCGGCUGGAGCUCGAUUCGGUAACGCCUCAACCAAUCCCAAUGCAGAGUGUUUGCACAUCCCAAUCCCAAGCAACGAUCCCGUUUACAGCAACGUCAAUUGCAUGAAUAUGAUUCGUUCAACCUUCGGAUUGAAUCUCGAUGGAACUACACCACCUGCCAGAGAACAGAUCAACUCUCUCACUCACUGGAUCGAUGGUUCUAUGAUUUACGGAAACAACGACGCCACUGCUCAAUCCUUGCGCGAUCCCAGCUCGGGAAAAGGCCUCUUGGCUGUUUCGAUUCAGAAUGGCAAAGUUCUUUUGCCGACGAACCCAGCUCUGUGCACCGAUGCAGCAUCAUGCUUUAUCGCAGGUGAUAGUAGAGUUCGGGAGCAGCCGUUGCUAACAAUCAUGCACACUAUUUGGUUGCGCGAACAUAACCGAGUGGCUAAUGCUCUGUACGCUUUAUUCGGAGCAACCAAAACCGACGAGUUCUAUUACCAAGAAGCCCGCCGCAUCGUCAUUGCCGAGUUCCAGCACAUCACUUACAACGAGUACCUCUCCGUCAUUCUCGGCCCCAAAGGGAAGUUACAGAAAAAUAAUGGCCCAUCUAACCCGGCUAUUUUCAACGAAUUCGCUGCUGCUGCCUAUCGCAUGGGUCACUCUCAGUUAAAAAGUUUCAUCCAACUGAUUGAAGCUGAUGGCAGUGCAAGUCCCCAGAGUUACUUCCUCGGCAACUCGUUCAACACUGGAACUUUCCGUCUUCUUAAUCCAACUUUCAUCGACAACGCUUUGCGUGGGCUUUUGCAAACCCCUCCCCAGUCAGUGGACGAUUGCUUUGCCGACGACAUUACUAGCCAACUUUUCCGCGGUACAAAUGCGCUCGGGGGUGACUUAAUUUCAAUCAACAUGCAACGUGGGCGUGAUCACGGCCUCCCACCUUACAUUGUAGCCCGCCAAACUGCGAUGGGAAAUGACCGCAGCAAUUCAAAACUUCCCAAAUCCUUCAAGGAUCUAAAGUCGACACAUUCUGAUGAAGUUAUUGGCUAUCUUCAGACUGUGUACCAAUCAGUGGCCGACAUUGACUUGUACAUUGGGGGAGUGACAGAAAAGCAAAUGCCCGGUGCCGUUGUUGGACCCACAUUCGGUUACAUCAUUGCUAAUCAGUUUCAGAAUCUAAUGGUUUCGGAUCGUUUCUUCUAUAGCGACCUUUCACAACCAAUCUCUUUCACUGCAAAACAAUUGAAGGAAAUCAAGAAGGUUAGUCUGGCUCGCAUUAUCUGCGACAACAGCGAUGGGACCAUCACGCAAGUUCAGCCCAAAGCUUUCCGUAACCCAGCAGGAAAUAAUAAGCCAGUCUCAUGCGCGAAAAUCAAGGCAAUUGAUUUCAACAAGUUUUACGGUACUGAAUCACCUUCUUCCGAAGAAGAUAAUUCAGAUUAGAAAAACUGGGCACAUCUAUUCGAUAAAACAAGUUAUUCAUAAUAAUUUUUGAAAGAUAACCACUUUUUAGGUGUGGGGAGGGGGUAAAAAUGUUUGAUCAGUUGUAAUGUAGUGUGUUCAAUGGGUUAAUAGCACACAGCCGCAAAACAAGUGAACGAAUAAACAUAUAUUGGUAAUUUA